AUGGAACUGGUCAGGGGCGGUGAGCUUUUUGACGCAAUUGUGAGCAGCAAGACACUCAACGAAGUUGAGGCCAAGUACAUCUUCCGCCAACUGCUGGAGGGUGUGGGCUACAUGCACUCCAAGAACGUCAUCCAUCGAGACCUGAAGCCUGAGAACAUUUUGAUCGGCUCGAGCAUGGAGCUGCCUCCCCCCCUGACGGGAACCUUGCGAGAGGUGAAGAUUGCGGACUUCGGCCUCUCCAAGAUCAUCAACGAGGGCUCGUCUCUCGCAAAGACCUUUGUCGGGACACCCCAGUAUUGGGCACCCGAGGUCUUGAACGUGCAGAGGGGAGGCGGGGUCUACACACAAGCAGCUGACUUCUGGAGUUUGGGUGCCGUCCUCUUCGUGAUGUUGGGUGGCCGCUACCCGUUUGACGGGAAGGCAAUGCCACUGGAGGAGCAGAUCCGAACUGCCAGCUACAGCAUGACUUCGCCGGCUUGGCAGCGGGUGUCUGAGGAAGCGAAGGACAUGGUCCGAGGUUUGCUGAAGGUCAACCCGAACGACAGGCUCAAACUGGAGGACUGCAUAGUUCAUCCUUGGAUGGGAGGAGGCGGUAUGCCACCAGCGUUGGACUUACCAAAGGAAGGGCUGCAGAUGCCCAAAGAGCUCUUUGCAGAGGCUCCUGCAGCUCCUGUGCCUAUCGUCACUCAUCCACCCUCAACAAGCGAUCUUUCAGCAAGAUCGGACAGCUGGGGCAGCCGUCCCAAGGAGAAGGCCAAGAGCGGCAGCUCCGCCAAGGCGGCUGCAACGCCUGCCUCCGAUGCAUCAGCGUCCGCGCAGUUUCCCGUGCUCGGGGUUCCAAUGGUCAGCGUAAAUGCAGAACCAGAGCAGGAUGAGGAGCUCAUCUUUUGUCUGAACGAGCUUCUUAAGCUUCAGGUGUCCAUCUCCAGCUCCCUGGAAGUGGCCUGCCUGGCUUUCCGGCAUGCGGACAGAGACUUGGCCGACAACAUCCGCCGGGCCUUUAACGAGGCGAACCAGCUUUCUCAGACAGCUGCUGCAGCGGUCUCAAACUAUGCCCAGGUAGCCCAGCAGGUGAGUCGCAAUGUUCUUCCUGACCUGAAGCUGGCCAUUCAGGAGAAGGAGCCGAAUCUGGCCGUGAGCCUGCUUGGCAUUGUCAAGGAGUGGGUCUCGAACAUGAAGAAGGACGGUGAGCAGAUACAGCAGCAGUACAGCUUUCUGCAGCAGUCGGUGCAAACCAUCAUUCUUACCGCUCAACGAGCGAAGAGCAACGCUGACAGGCGGCUUGCUGCAUCAUUGCAGGAGCAGGUCGCCGACUUCGACGGCGAACCAUUGCCUGGCGGAGUCGCUCUUCCUCUCGACGGAGUUCGCGAGGAGAAGAGAACUAGCGGAGUUCUGGGCGACGAGACUGUCGGCCAACAGCCUCCUGAAGUCAUCAUGGCCGGAGGCAGCUCCAUACCGCAGUCCUUCGCACCUGCAGCUUCUCCAGCGAGCGGUGACAGUGCUCCGACAACCUUGAGCGUGCCGUUCAGCAUGAACGUCUGGACGAGGCAUCUCUUUGACCAGCUCUCCGCCUUGCCCGAGGAAGGGCCGGGCAAAAGGCCGGGUCGCGCAGGAUUCGGCGAUGCCAGCCCGCCGCUGGCAGACAACCUGCAGGAAUGGAAGUCGGACGUGCUGGACUUGUUGUUCAUGGCACCAGGUGUGGGGCGAAACACGCUGCCGAAACCUGCUCCUUUUCAGCCUCCUCAGGCUUUGCCACGAGUGGACUCUUCUCAUGAGGCUGACCAGAGCCUGGCGUCAAGUCGAUCGAGAGGUCAUGCUGAGGCUGAGAGCUCCGUCGAGGAGGUGAACAUGGAGGAUGCGCAAGCAGACGUCACGAAUGCCAACGCAAUCGUUCAGUACAAUCUUUGUGAGAACGAGAAAGACUUCGUCCAGAAUACCUCCGGCUGCCUCCUUCGAGCUUUGCGAGAGCUGCAGCGAGUCGACGAGAUCCUUCAGGGAUGCUCAGCUUUUUGGGCCAAUAUGGACGGCACUGUACAGAAGCUUGCCCAGAUGAAGGAGCACACUGAAUGCCUCGUCAAUUAUGCGAACAGCAGCAGGCUCUUGAAGGAGAGAUUCGAUCAGCGACUUGCAGAAUACACGACCUUCUGGACAUCCCUCGAACGACUAUGCAGGCAAUACUGCAUAGACUACCAGACGUUUUGCAAAAAGAUGCAAGACACCAUUCGAGACGUCUCCGAUACUGCUGAUGUCUAUGACACAGCUCAGAGCGUUCGGAUGGGCGUGGCUAACGGCUACCGAGAAAAGGAGAUGAGGAGAGGCGGCUAUGUUGUGCAAUGA